AUGGUUGAUAAUCCAUCGACCCGCAAUCACGAAAAUCCAUCGCGUCAAAUUGCACAUCACCCAGGAUCCAUCUCAGGAACAGCCAUGUCCGCUUUCACAGUGUUACAAGCGAGCCUGAACCACUGUCGCGCCGCCCAGGACAUUCUUUGGCAAGCCGUGCACGAUUUCCGUGCCGACAUUGUGGUAAUAAGUGAGCCGUACAGCCCACGACCCGAGUGGUACACCGAUCCCAGCGGAACCCUUAGCAUAUGGCACGUGCAGCGACCACCGCCAGCCGCAGAACUCGGGGCGAUACAAUGGAAUAUUCAAUGUAGCCCGCCCAGCAUGGAAGAAUGGGCCUCCAUAAUAACUGCCAACUUGGCUUUACAGCCAGAAACACCCGCCCGGAUCCGUGAUCAGACCAUUUUCAGAUUCGAAAACCGAACCGAUAUAGACAACGCCGUAUCCGAGCUGGAGGUCUUGGAAGAGCCAUCGCAGGACACGGCACCUUUCCUCACGCCAGACGGGCAGGAGUGCGAAGAUCAUUUCAAGACCACGCAUUCAAGAGACUCCGCCGGAAGAUACAUCGUGCGAUUGCCGCUCAAACUUCAUCUAGGAGCUGUCGGCAAUUCGUAUCAGACGGCGCAUAACUGUCUUCAGCGGAUUCUCAGACGACUCAGCAAGGACGCUCAGUACAUACAUCAGUACACCAAGUUCAUGCUUGAAUAUGAGCAGCUUGGUCACAUGGUAAGACUGAACAAUGACUCAAUAAUCAGUCCGUUUCAGUACUUUCUUCCGCAUCAUGGCGUUCUGAAGUUGGGCAGCACAACCACCACAUUGCGUGUGGUCUUCAACGGCUCCAGUCCAGCUUCAUCAGGAUACUCGCUGAACGAUCUUCUACAUACCGGUCCAAAUCUGAUGCUGAAUAUCGCAGAUCUGCUCAUUUGA